UGGGAGCUUGCAGAUUCUCGUCUGCCUAGCACAGUUGUAGUUCUCCCCAUUGCACAUAUAAGUCAAUAACUGCACGAGAGCAUUUAUUAAUGUACUGGACCGUAGCCCUACAUUGAAAUCAUUCCUGCAUCUAUUAAUGUACUGGACCGUAGCCCUACAUUGAAAGCAUUCCUGCAUCGACACUGACACUGAUUCGAACCUUGGCAAGUCGUAAUUCCUGCUGUUCGCACAAGAUGCAGAGCAUCAGCGAUAACGGAACUGAAGCCCGACCUCUAUUCGGGGGUGCACUGUCUGCUGUCGUUCCGCACAGUGCUAGCGACAUCAGUGAGGUGAGGGAGAUCCCAGACAACCAGGAAGUGUUUGUCCAUAAGCAGACAGAUCAAAGCAUCAUGGUGGAUCUGCUGGAGUACCAGGCUCAUGUGCAGGACAUUGAAGCUGCCAGGUACCACUUUGAAGACUUGGCCGGCAGCAAUGAGGCAUCGAGUCCAGGGUCCUCAGAGGUGGUUCAUGUGGAGCCCCUCAGCAAAUCUCAGCUUUCCCUGCAGGAGUGCAGCUGUGCUUUUCUCCUAACCGGCACACAGCGCGUAUCCAAAUUCAACGAAGAGGCUAAAAACACAGUAAAUAUCCACCUGGGACUUCUCCGCCUGCCACAGUUCUCUACCGACAUUCUGGUGACCUUCAAUGACCCUUCAAGCAUUAGUCCUCUCAGCAGCAGUGCAGCAGGGGACGGUGUGGUAAUCGCAGCCCCCUGGACGGUGCAGGACUUCCUACAGUUGCUGCAGUCCCUCCGGCUCCUGGACGCUGGCGUGUUUGGAUAGGAGACAAUCAACCAGUGAUCGUGAAGUAGGGAUAUAAUAGUUGUGACUUCACCUUCAUGUUAGAAAAUAGAGAAGAGCUCCACCAAUCACAGAACGUGUUGCUAACAAUAAAUAGAACAAUAGUGAUGGUGAUUGGAGGAUACUUUCUGGCAGUGGGUGGCAGUGUAGUAUAAUAGGUAAGGUCUUGUAGCUUAAAGGUCACAGGUUUGAUAAGCGGGUUGGACACUGCCGUACCCUUGAGCAAGGUACUUAACCUGCAUUGCUUCAGUAUGUAUCAAGCUGUAUACAUGGAUGCUAUGCUAUGUAAAAAGUUGUGUAAGUCGCUCUGGAUAAGAGCGUCUGCGAAAUACAUGUAAUGUACUGUAAGCAGAAAUCAUAGUCGGGAGUGUAUUAUUGUGUGCUACCGACAUACUUCCUUUCUAUAGAGCUCCUCUGUUUUCAUCCACUAAGGUGAUAUUACAACUGUUUUGCCCCUAUUUUAUAAUAUUACAACUGUUUCACCCCUAUUUUAUAAACCCUGCAGCUACAUGCUCACAGCCCAGACUACUGACAUCCUUUACAAACUGAAAAGUACAGACUGAACUGAGAGUUACGGUCAGUGCCACCCGUGUGUUGAUUGGGGGGCAUUCCUUUGUACACAAACAUUGUAUAUCAUUGUCAGGUGACCAGCUGUAGUUUGAUUUGAUAAAGUCCCUCUCAUGCAAUGCGUGUGUGUGUGUGAGACCUAUCAAGAUAAGCGACUGAUGCUGUGAGUCCAAGCUCUUUUAUUCCAGUCACACUUUUACUGGUAGUGUUUCAUUUGGAUGUGUUACACCAUGUACAGUGUGGUACGGGUGGGUCACUCGUAUGAAAACUGAAGAUAAGGUCUGUGUGUAUUGCUUGUGGCUGCUUGGCUAACGCAGUGCUCUCUGUCCGUUCAAUUGUGCCAUUGUGUUGGAAAGAAACGGAUCCAGCGAAUGAAAAGUGUUCUUUCUGAGUGGGGGUGUCCAGUGUAAUCUGAGAAAUGUAUGAACAUCUGAUUCAACUGAACAACUAAUCACGGUCUUCAUUGUUUCGUUGAAUUUGGUCUUUUAGCGCUAGGCUACAGCAAAAGCCUGUGCCCACAGUGGCCCUUUUCUAGUAAGAUUGUACAUCCCAGAAUUUGAAAUAAAGGAAAAAUAAUUUAU